AUGAAGAGAAUCAGAAGGGAGGUCAUGGUGUUUGACGAAAAGAUGAGCAAUGUCAUUGAACCCAAGGUCCUUAAUUCGACAAUGCCCUCCAGAGACAUGGUAAGUGUUGCUAUGCCAGAGGAACUAGUGGGCUUAGAGGAAGAAAAGGAGAGAUUAAGAGAUCAACUGAUGGGAGGAUCUCAUGAGUUAAGUGUUGUACCAAUUUUUGGCAUUUCUGGACUGGGAAAGACAACUCUUGCCAUGAGUCUCUACCACGAUGAGCUUGUUGUCAGAUACUUUGAUAUUCGUGCAGCCGUUUCUGUUUCCCAAGUAUAUGACACUGAAAAAUUGGUACUUGCAGUGUUGCACAAUAUCACUGGAUAUCCUGACACAUCUAAUGGAGGGGAUGGUGAUCUGUUGAAAGUAAAAAAAAUGAUAUAUUUGUCUUUGAAAGGAAAGAGGUUCUUGAUCUUAAUAGAUGAUCUGCGGGAUACUGAAGCAUACGUUGGUUUGAGAAAGCUGUUUCCAGAUGAUUUUAAUGGAAGUAGAAUUAUCCUCACCACUCAAUCAUAUCAAAUAGCUUCAUGUGCUGCGCAUAGUACUAAAAUACAUAAUCUUCGAUUGCUUACAGAAGAAGAGAGUUGGGAAUUACUUAAAAAGAAGAUAUUUCACCAACAAUUUUGUCUUCCAGAACUGGAGGAAGCAGGAAAGCGCAUGGUCAAACAAUGUCACGGGAUACCUGCCAUGAUAGUUUGGAUGGCGGAUAUUCUUGCAAGAACAAGGACAGAAGCCGAUUGGAUACAAGUUGGGGAAAGUAACCAAAUUGAUGAAUAUCUUUUCAGCAUUAAUGAAAAAGAAUACAGUGUCAUACCAGAUCAUCUCCGUCAAUGCUUCCUUUAUUUUGGAGCAUUUCCGUUGGAGGAAGAAAUUCUAGUAUCCAAAUUGAUCAGGUUGUGGGCUGCAGAAGGAUUCAUUCAACAAACUGAAGCAGAGAGCUCUGAGGCUGUGGCAAUGGAUUACCUAAGGAAUCUUGUUGGACAAGGUCUUGUAAUGGCCUGCCAACGAAGCUCAGAAGGUGUGGUCAAACGGUGUAAAGUCCGUGACAGAUUGCACAAGUUUUGUUUAGUUAAAGCCAACCACGAAAACUUUUUUCAGCUGAUGGACCUUGGUGGUGGUGUUGAUCCUAAUGAUUCCAAUAUCCCACUCUCCUUAUUAACAUGUGAUCAUCGUCGGCUGUUCAUUUCAUCUAAUCGGUGGGACAAUAUUCGAUUAGAAGUUUCUGGUCCACUUGUCCGCAGCCUGGUGCUAACUGGCAGGAGAUGUGAUUUUUCCAGGCCUAAUAUCUCAUCUCUGUAUCAAAACUUGAAACUUGUUAGAGUUUUGGAUUUAGGGCGUAUAAAUGUGGGCAAUGAUUUUCCAGUUGGGCUUGAAAAGUUGACCCUGUUGAAGUACUUAGAAGUUCGGGGAGAAAUGACUUCAAUCCCAUCUUCAAUUGGCAGCCUCCGGCAAUUGGAAACUUUUGUUACAAUAGGAUUAGGAGGAGAAGUUGCAAUACCUGAUAGUAUUUGGAGUCUGACAAAUUUGAGGCAUUUGCAUAUAAAGGGUGGUCCUUCUUCUUUCGGUGCCCCUGAAGAAAUGUUUCCAAAUCUGAGAACAUUGUCAACCCCAUUGCUUAUUUACGGGGAAGAUUCAGAAGUUAUACUGAGAAGAUUAGUACGUCUUGAGAAACUGAAAUGCGUCUUUUUGGAAUCAUGGGAUUCAUUUAGGAAGAAGAACCUGUUUCCCAAACUGGGAAUUCUUGAGCAUCUUCAGUCUCUCAAGCUACAUUACUAUGGUGAAGUGCGAAAUACGUGUGAGUUCAAUUUCCCUUUAAACCUCAGAAGGUUGACCCUGUCAGGUUUUCGCCUUCCAUGGGAUCAAAUAUCAAUCAUUGGGGAACUUCCCAACCUUAUGGACCUGAAACUGCUGAAUAAAGCCUUUGAAGGUAGUGUAUGGGAGGUAAAAGAUGGUCAGUUUCCCUGUCUUAUGUAUUUGAAAUUAGAUACACUAGACCUGCAGGAAUGGUACAUUUCUGAAGAUGCGUUGUCUCGGCUUGAGCGACUGGAGUUGCAGAAAUGUAAGAAACUAAGGGAGAUCCCCUUGGAUAUUGCUGAUAUUGUAACUCUACAGAAGAUUGAGGUGAAAUGGUGCAGCCAAUCUGUUGAAGAAUCAGCCUUCAGAAUUCGGGAAGAACAAAACGAAAACUUAGCUAAAAAGUUGAAGGUCAUCUUCCGUAAGACAGAUGACACGUUGAUUUCUAGAUAG